CUUCUUUACUCACCAAAACCAAAGAAAACAUCUUCCCACUCCAGGACCACCAUAGAGGAUCAUGCCCUCCCAAUAUAUAUUAGUGGUGGAGAAUUUUCAGUGACUCUUUCUGCAGGUUACAUGCCCAGUAGGUGGCGACAAAUCCUGUGGAAGAACUCAAGCUCAACCCAUUGACAGAUCUGGAUCUACUGCACACUUUGAGACCUGCAUUAUGAAACAGGCCUGACUGUACAUGUAAAAUCUGCAUCAAACCUAAAAACAAAUGCUGAAAAAUAUAAGAAUACUGAUCAAUUAUCUCAGCAUACAACUAGGAAACAAAUGCAGUAUAGUUUAAAAUGAGUGUGUUUAAUGUGUUUUCCAGUUUUUAAAUUAAUUUAUGCUAUUUUUUCCCCUAAUUGAUGACUUCUGAUCCUAUGAUUAGAUCUGUCAAAAAAAAUCCCCUUGUGAUGCAAUUAAACUUUGAAUUGACUAUGCAUUCACAAGUACACUGAUUUUUUUUUUUUUUUUUUUUUUUACACAUAAGAUAUUCUUGUGUGUUCAGUUUUAAAAGCUUACUUCCCCCAAAUCUGAUUGAAAGUUUAGUUUGUCUCUGAUAUUAUACUUAGGCACACCUACAAAUUACAAGGCAAUUCAUUUGGCAUGACUAACUAUUACACUGAGUUGUAACCAAUCAGAGCGUUUGUGUGUGUUAGUGAGGUCAGACACUAGGUUUACUUAAAUGGAGAGAGCUGUUCUCUCAUUCACACACUGCUCAAUUCCAGGAACACUUUAGAGUUUCAAAUAUUCUUUAAGACGAACAACAUGCAUAGUAAAGAUCAAAUCUGCCAUGAGGACUACCAGAGAACGGCAGACUGGCUGCUGUCCCAAACACAACACAGACCUAAAGUGGCCAUCAUCUGCGGCUCUGGACUGGGCAUGCUGGCGGACGCGCUCAAGUGCCAAGACUCUUUCAAAUACUCUGACAUCCCUGGCUUUCCUCAGAGCACAGUGAAAGGUCAUGCUGGAAGGCUUGUUUUUGGGGAGCUCAAAGGGAAGACCUGCGUGUGCAUGCAGGGUCGAUUUCACAUGUAUGAGGGACACACACUAAGCAAGGUCACUUUUCCAGUUAGAGUGUUUAAGCUUCUGGGUGUCGACACCUUGAUUGUCACUAACGCUGCGGGGUCGUUAGCGGACAGUUAUAGCUGUGGUGAUAUUAUGAUCAUACGUGACCACAUUAACUUCCCUGGACUUGCUGGACUGAACCCUCUCAAUGGCCCUAAUGAUGAUAAGUUUGGCCCUCGAUUUCCACCCAUGUCUGGGGUCUAUGACAAAAGCCUACGGAAGAUGGCGUUCGACAUCUGUAAGAGCAUGGGUGUCUCCCAGUAUGUCCGAGAAGGUGUGUAUUGCAUGGUGGGAGGACCCAACUUUGAGAGCAUCGCUGAAGCCCGACUUCUGCACAAACUGGGAGUUGAUGCAGUUGGAAUGAGUACUGCACCGGAAGUGUUGGUUGCCAGUCAUUGUGGCAUGAGAGUCUUUGGUCUCUCCCUCAUCACUAACAAAGUGGUGAAAAGCUAUGAGGACAAUGAGACUGUCAAUCACGAAGCUGUGCUGGAAGUGAGCAAAAUGCGUUCAGAGACGCUGCAGGCGCUGGUCACGGAGCUCAUCGGCCGCAUGGACAUCAACAACAACACGGCAUGAUGUCUUCAGCACUGUAAUUGCCAUUGAAAACCUCAUCCAGAAGAAUCUGCAGCAUUACUUUAUACUUUUGAGUGUACUACUGUUUCAAUAACACAUUUUUGUUUUUUUUAAUAUUUAAAUGUUAAGAUUUUAUUAUUUGCAGUGAUCAUAAAAAUGAUCAAGUUCGAUGGUGCCAUAUCAACAAACAAAACACUGGGCUAUUUAAUGUUAUUCAUUAUAUGUGUGUGUGUGUGUGUGUGUGUGUGUGUGUGUGUGUGUGUGUGUGUGUGCAGAGAAAGUUGUGUAUUCAUCUGUAUAUUCAUGAUUACAUAAUAUUAGGGCCUUAAAUUGUGCAGUAAAAUAUUUUAUGCACUGCUAUUCAUUAUACAAAUUAAUAUAAUUCCUAAUGUUAAUAUUUUGAUGGUAAAGUUGGAUGUUUAAAUCAUUCCUAUAUGCUAUUUAUAAUACAUUUUAUAUUAUCUGUGUUGUAAAUUUGCCAUGUUUUGUAUAACCUUAUCUUAUGUAAAACAAACACAUAAUCCUAUCUAUAAUGCAAGAAUGUCAGCAAUAAAAGUGUAUUUUGACAC